AUGAUGUUCAGCACCUUACCAAAAUGGCAUCGUGAGGAAUCAGAGAAGAUUAAUGAUUAUAUCAAGAAAGUUGGCACCCUUCUUGAAACUUCAGAGAUUAAUAUCAAUAUUGAUGCUCUUUCCAAGACAGUAACUCAGUCUUUUCUCAACAUAAUAGUUGAACAGAGAAAAAGUUUCUCCCCUUCUCCAGAGCAUAGUGCAAAAAAAGAGCUCGAUGUUGAUGAAACCGUAUUCCGUCCAUGGAAAUUCAUAGUUCGAAUGAUUCAAGACAAGGACAUUGUUCCUUAUGAGUCCUACGAUUCUCCAUCCAUUUUCGAGUUUGAUUGGCAUCUUCUUAUCUCACCAAACAGUCAUAACUUUCUAAUAUUCCCUCCUCUUGAAACCUCCAAACCAAGAAGCGAUCCUAUGGUUAGAAAAUUUCUAUUUGAAGCAUCAGCAAAAGUCCUGUCUCAUCAGAAGGAUAUAUGUUCACGAGAAGUGGAGAGGUUUAGAAGAAGUUGA